GGUGGUUCUGCCCUUUCUCUUUCUUUCGUCUGGCUUGCUAGUUUCCAGUUACCGUUCUCUCUCCUCCCUUUUUCUCCCCCUAUUCCUGUAUGCUCUACACUCAGCUAAAAAAAUUCCUAUCUCCUCUCACAAUCAGGAAAUAAGGACCGAGGAAAUCUUCUCACUAGAAGAAGAUGGGUACAUUGGGAAAGGCGAUCUACACCGUUGGAUUCUGGAUUCGAGAGACUGGUCAAGCCCUUGAUCGUCUCGGCUGCCGCCUCCAGGGAAACUAUUACUUCCAAGAGCAACUGUCUAGACAUCGGACACUUAUGAAUAUUUUUGAUAAAGCUCCUGUUGUUGAUAAAGAUGCAUUUGUGGCUCCAAGUGCAUCCAUCAUUGGAGAUGUUCAGGUGGGGCGAGGGUCCUCAAUUUGGUAUGGUUGUGUUUUGAGAGGAGAUGUGAACAGCAUCAGUGUCGGGUCUGGAACUAAUAUACAAGACAAUUCCCUUGUGCAUGUUGCAAAAUCUAAUCUAAGUGGGAAGGUCUUACCAACUAUUAUUGGAGACAAUGUUACCAUAGGUCACAGUGCUGUCCUCCAUGGCUGUACUGUUGAGGAUGAGGCAUUCGUUGGUAUGGGAGCAGUUCUGCUUGAUGGUGUGGUUGUUGAGAAAAAUUCCAUGGUUGCUGCUGGAGCCCUUGUGAGGCAGAAUACCAGGAUCCCAUAUGGAGAGGUAUGGGGAGGUAAUCCAGCAAAGUUUUUGAGAAAGCUCACGGAGGAAGAGAUAGCAUUCAUCUCUCAGUCGGCUAUCAACUAUUCAAAUUUAGCCCAGGUCCAUGCAGCUGAGAAUGCAAAGACCUUCGACGAGAUUGAGUUGGAAAAAGUGCUCCGUAAGAAAUUUGCUCGCCGAGACGAGGAGUAUGAUUCAAUGCUUGGUGUUGUCCGUGAAGUCCCUCCGCAGCUUAUCCUUCCCGACAAUAUCCUUCCAAAAGAAUCACCAAAAGCCUCAUAAAGUUAGAUUGUCACUGCUCAGUAAGGCAAGUAAUCUUCCUUUUGAGAAUUUCACGUCAAGGGAUAUUUGUUGUUAUGUGCGGAUUUAUGUGGUUUAGGUUCGUUUCUUCUCUAAUAAUUUUUGGAACCCAUCCAUGUUAAGGAUCAAUGAUGAUGUACUUCUCUGGUUUGGGGCUAUACUCUCUAGUUUCAUCGGAACCCUGCUUCCAGUUUCUAGAGAACAUAAUGCUACAUUGCAACAAGUACUUUGAUGUUAUUUUUGCCUUUUCUAAGACCAAAUUGCCAUUUUUUGUACCUCCUUCCAGAGCUAUCAUUGAUCUGUUCUUUAACUAUCAAAAAACGAUAUGUUCUUUAUCUUGGGAUGGUUUGGAUUAUGACGGGAAUAAUAAUUAAAUCCUCCGUGAAAUUUUACUUGUCA